AUGGAUAAAUCCAACGAAGCAAUUAUUCGAAAUAUUGUAGUACAGCUCACGACUGCUAUCCAGAGGCAAUUCACAGAGCAGCAAAAAAUCCAAUCACUCAUGGCAAAUCUUAAUUCACUUAUAGACCAAACUUUUGGAAUAGAGCAAACUAAAGAACUUUUAAAUUCGUUAACAUCCAAUGAAGACCCCGGAUUUCAGCCUAGGUGCCUUGUAUUGGCCAUAAAAGUGACUCUGAUUCGUAAGAAACUCCAAGUGAAGAAAGUCAAAUACGCUUUCAAUUUAAUUAGAUGCCUUUAUAAAGAUUUUAAAAGAGAAUCCACAAUUUAUGCGAAUUCGUUGUCUAUAAGUCGGCCAAUCAGUUUAUUCAAUAAUUCUCCUGAAAAUAAAACAAAAUUUGUUGAUGUUUCUGAUGCUAACCCAGGCAAAAGUAUGGAAUGCUUAUUAAAAGAUUUAAGCCAGUCUGCCAUACAUAUACCAAAAUUAAAACAAAGAAAUAAAGAUAUUGGAGAAGCUUGAAGAAUCCAAAAGGAAAAAGCAACGAAAGGUAAACUUUUGAUGUUUUGGCACCAAAAAAUGUUGGCUAAAAAAUUCAAAAACUUUGCCUCUUUGAACAACUGUAAUAAAAUUUUUAAAAAAUGUAUGGGAAAACAUUUCAAUAACUUUUUGCAGUCAGGAACUAGAAGAGCGAGAUCUUUAUCAUCACUUUCAAGGGUGGUCAAGCGAGCAAAUAAACGAAAAUUCCAGUCUCCGUUCAAUUUCUGAAAAAGAAAUAAUGACAAACUUUCUCCUAAAAGAUCGUUUGAAAGCUUCAAUUUUGCUUCCCCUCUUAUAAGCCCAAUAUAUUCCCUUGAAAGUUUGCCUAAAAAUUGAAUUUAUCCACAAGAUCCUAAUAAAGAAGAGCAAAAAGAAGUUCCAAAACUUCAAGAAAGUCCUAAAACGAAUAAAAUUCCAUUCCAAAAAUAUAAAACCUCUAAACCAAGUAAAUCAAAGCCUGAAGAAAGUGAAAGCCUGUCUGGCAAAGAUAUCAGCAAGCAGAAUAUUAAUGUAUCAUUUGAAUAUGACCCUGAAAAAGAAAAGCGAAACGAGCCUGUUGAAUCCAAAAAUCUUGAAGAUUCUCCGAGGCGUCUACAACUAUCUGAUAAGCCAAGAAUCCAUGAGCUACCAAAAUCAGAAGUUUCGAAUCCUAAUUUGCUAUCAGUUGAAGCAACGCCCCGAUUUAAUAUAAAAAAUGAAGAAUUUAAAAGCCAAAAUCCCAAAAAUCCAGAAGAUAUUAUUGGAGCUACAGAAAACAGCAUUUUAUCAAAAAUCAACCAGCUGGAUCAAAUAGAUAGUUUAAGACAAUCUAUAGAAGGUGACUUUAAUUUUACAGAAGAAAGCUCUGAUAUUAAUCCUGAGCUGCGAUCCCCAACUAGCGAGCCUAUUAAAAACCCAUUAAAAUUUCCAAAAAAUAAAAAUCAGCCUACAAAUCAAAGAUAUGGGGAAGAUGAGAUUAAUAUAGAAGAAAAUUUAUCUGAUAUAGAGCCAGAUUCUUAUAGCUCUUCAGAUAAGGUAGAGUCAAAUGAAAUCAGGAGUGAAAAUAAACCCAAAAAAGGGGCGAAACAGGGUAUAAAAGCUGCUCAGAAAAUGCGUGAGGAAAGCGAUUCUGAAAGCAAUUUAUCAGAUAGCCCAAAAGACCCAGAAAAUAAAGAUAUAGAUCAAAUAGAGUAUGCAAAAAGAGAUGCUAACCCUGCAAUUGACCAAGUAACUGAUAAACCUGAUAUAAAAGAGGAAACUGAUAAACCUGAUAUAAAGGAGGAAACUGAUAAGUCUAAUAUAAAAGAGGAAACUGAUAAACCUGAUAUAAAAGAGGAGAUCGAAAAUUUAGAAAGGCAAAUUCCAAAAAUGAGAAGACCAAUAAUAAGCCCAUAUAAAAAGGCAAAAGGAUUAUUUAGCGAAAAUCCUGCAACUAAAGAAGAAAACAUUAUUGAAAUUCCAAAAAUAGAUUUGGAAAAAAUAAUCUCACCCCCUCCCUUUAAAUUGGAACAAAAUAUCGGUAAAAUUUCCACUUUUUUGGUAAAUUAACCCCCCCUUUAAAUUGGAACAAAAUUUAAUUUUAUAAUAAAAAAUUAUAUAUAAUUUUUAUCUAAAAAGUUUUGAUAUAAGUUAAAUGUUUCUUCUUAACUAAAAUUAAAAAUUGAGUUAUAUCUUGCUCUUUUUUAAAAGAAAAAAGUAUAAAGAGCAUCUUAUUUAAAUAAAUUUAUUAUCCUUAAUUGCUAAAUUUUAAAAAAAAAAUUUUCAAAAAAAUUUUUGUUUUUUUUGAUAAAAAUGAUAUGUUUUUAUUUGGAUAGUUUUGAUAUAAAUUCAAUAGGAAUUUCUUUAUAAAAUUUCAAAAUUUACUUAUUUCUUGCUUUAUUUUAAAGAAUAGAGUAUAAAUAACAUCUUAUUUAAACAAAAUUAGCACUUUGAUCGAUAAAUUUUCUAAAAUUUUUUUUUAAUUUUUUUUAUCAAUAAAAAAAUAAUAAUUUUUGUGUAAAUAAUUUUGAUACCAAUUAAUAGUGGCGUAUUAACUAAUAAUGAAAAUUUAGUUAUAUCUUGCUUUGUUUUGAAGGAUAAAGAGUAAAUAACGUUUUAUUAAACAAAUUUAUUGAUCUAAUUCGAUAAGUUUUUGAAAUUUUUAUAUAUAAUUUUUUUUUUUAUAAAAAAUUUUUAUAUUGAUAUUUUUUUUAAAAAAAAAAUUAACUCCCCUUUAAAUUGGAACAAAAUUUUUAGUUCCAAUUUAAAGGGGGGGGGGGGAGUCAGAUGAAAUAUAUAAAGAGGACGAGUGCAGUUCCGAUCCCCAAAGCAAUGAAAAUUGACAUGAUUCCUUAUAUCAAUCGCCAGAAAAUAAACCAAAUUUAGAAGAAAACUCAGAAAAGAUUUGCUCAGAUAUAGAGUAUGAAGAAGAAUGCAGCCCUAAGCCAAAAAUCAAUGAAAAGGGAUAUCUUUCGGCAAAGGAAUUAACCGAAAAUAAGCCAGAAAAAAGUAGCCCAUAUGCAAAAUAUGAAGAAGAUAAUUACAGCUCUAAUCCUAAAAUCAAUGAAAAGAGAGGUGGUUCUCCGAAAAAUAAGCUAAAUUUUGACGAAAUUCCUAUAAUUGGUAGAGAUAUUACUUCAAAGAGCCCUAAAAAAUCUGCGAAAAAGAUAAAAGUAAGAUCAAAAAAGCCUCAAGAAGAUAAGCAAAUCAAUCCAAUGCAGCAUGAACAAGAAGAUUACCAACAUAUUCAAGAAAGCAAAGUAAAUAACCCUAAUCAAAGCGUAAUACUGCAUGAGCAAGAGGAUUACGCAGAUACUCAAGAAAGCAAAGUAACUAAUCCUGAUCAAAGUGUAAAAGAGGAUAAAAAUCGGCUAAUGGGAAUAGGAAUUCAGCCUGAAAAUAAGAUGCCUAGCUUUGAUCCAAGUGAAAGACCAAUUCUUGAGCAAGAUUUUUCGAAAAAAGCUAGCAAAUCUCCAAAAAGGGGAGUAAGAUCAUCAGCUAAUAAAAAUCAAACUAAAGAUAGAGAAAAAUAUAAUGAAGAAAUAGCAAAUAAGCAAGCAAGUCCUAUAGAAAAGCACACAAAUUAUUAUGAAGAACCUAAAAAGCCAUCUUAUAAGUUAUCAUUUGAAGAGGGAGAGCAUCAAUCAGAAAUUUCAGACCAAGAGCAUGAAAAACAUUUGCUAGAUAAUAGACUAAGGCCAGCAGAAGAUCUGCCUUCAACACAAUUGCCAAAAGAGGAUGAAUAUUUGCCUUUAGUUCAAGCCAAAGCUGAAUAUCAAACUCCAUUUGAAGCUCAAGAACUGCGACGUGAAGAUUCCUUAAAAGAAUCAUCAUUUGGAGCUUCUAUAAAUGAGCCAAGUACAAAGAAAGCGAGAAAUCUUUCAAGAAUUCCCAAAAUUUCUUUUAAAAUUCUAGAAGACUCAAACCAAUCUGAAAUUGAAUCAUCCUCACAAGAUCCUGACUAUAAUGUGCCAUUGCGUUCUCAGUCUGACAAUCCUCGAUCAUCACGAUCCUCGCCUAGCACUGCAGAAAAUACAAAGCGAAGCCCCAGAGAUCCUUUAACCCCAAAAUCCAAAAUCCCUGCAAGAAAGCAAGUGCGGUCUCAAACAGUAGCCCAACGAAGCUCAAAUGUCUUAGAUUCUCCACGAGAAAAAUCAGCUGAAAAAAUAGCCAGCCCUAAAGAUAAUAAAAGUUAUGUUCAGAUUUUUGAGAAUAAAAAAGAGUACUACCAAGAUAAACAAACUAAAGCUAGAUUAAGUAAAGCCCACUACUCUAAAAGUAAGAGCUUACUCCCCCCCCUCCGUGAGUGAACAAAACCAUUAGAAAAAUCGCUAUUUUUUGCCCAAAAACCCCACCCUCCGUGAGUGAACAAAAAUUUUUUUAAUAGAAAAAUUUUUAAUGGAAAAAAAAAAUUGAUAUAUAAAUGAUAAUUAGUAUAAUGAAAUAUAGAGCUAAUUCUGUUUAAUUUUAAAACAAAAUGCGUUUUUUAAAAGCAUAAAUUUUAUAAAUUAAAUUAAUAUUUGCUUCCCAAUUUUUGCAAAUUAGGAUUUUUUAAAAUUUCGAAGAAAAAAAUUUUCUAUAAAAUUUAUAUAUAAAUUUUUUUUUUAAAAAAAAAAAUUAACUCCCUCCGUGAGUGAACAAAAUUUUUUUGUUCACUCACGGAGGGGGGGAGUUAGGGAAUUUUCACAAAGACUUAUUAAAUAAUCCAGAAACGCCUAUAAAAAAUGAUAGAAUCUCAAGCAUAUUUAUAGAAGAAAGAAAAAAAGAUGAUGCAAGAGAUAUAAAUGUCAAUGAGUUUGUGCUGCCUGAAGUCAGUGAUUCUCCUAAAAAAACAGUUGGAAAAGGUAGGAGAAGUAAAAGUGAUGUAUAUGUUUCAUCAGAUAUAAAGUCUAAACAGUUUUUGGAUCAGGCUAAUACACCUGAUAGAUCUAACAUCUCAAGGCCAACUAAACUUCGUAGAGAUAAUUUAUGGGACUCAAAUAAAUCAGAAAAUGGAACUUUCCCUAGCGUUAUCAAUCCUGGCAAUGAUAACUUAUCAAGCUCAAAUAUACCAGAAAAAGAUAGCUUCUCAAGCCCUAUCAAAUCUGAAAGAUAUCCUUUGUCAGAAUCUAGCAAGCCUGGUGCAAGAGAUCAUUUAACCUUAGUUUCUGGAGACGAAGCAAAUAAAGAAGAAAAUAAAGUUCAGGAAGAUCCUUUCGCUAUUACUGAAGAUAAAAGCAAAAGCAAGACCGAAGAUAAAAAGAAAACAUCGCAAGACAUUUUUCAAAAAGGAAAGCAAAUAGAAGAUUCUUCUAUUAUUGAUGAAGAACCUUUCGAAACAAAAAAGCAAAUUGAAGAAGAUCCUUUAAUUUCUUUACCAGAGGAAGAGGCUUUUGUGUCUGCAGAGUCUUCAAUUGGUAGCCCAGAACAAAAAAAGGCACAAAGAGAUCCUUUAAGCUAUGGAAAAAAGAGAAAGCCAAGAGACUCUCCCAGAACUUCUCAAAAAAACGAAACUAAAUCUUCAAAUGAGCCUUUAGCUUAUAAAGAAGAUAGUGCCGAUAAGCCAAUUUCUCAUCACGAAAAUAAAGCAAAUUUAUCUAAUAAACAAAAAGUUCCGAGCAAUCCUCGAGUUUCUUUUCAAAUAGAAGAAAAUAAGGUCCAAGUAAAUCCAUUAGCUCGUCCACAAAAAGAAAAGAUUAUAGUUCAGCCAGAUUCACAAAUUUCUGUUCUGAAAGAAGAAAUCAGCAUGCCUACAGCACUUUUAGCUUGUGAACCAAGCGAAGAAGGUAAUACCGCAAAAGAUCCUCUAACACUCCCUCAAAAAGUAAAAGCAAGAGAACCUAGAGAUACCUUAGCUUAUAUUCCAGCUGAAAUAGCAAAGGAAUCAGAGAAUCCUUCAUCCUAUGCGGCAAAAGACACCAAAAACGAAGGACCUUUGAUCCAAGAACAAAAAGGAAAAAAAGAAGCUUCAGCAGAUCCUUCAAUAUCUAUGCCAAAAGCAGGAAAUAAGUUUGUUAGUGAUCCUUUUGCUAUAGAUCUAAUAAAGGAUGAAGAGACGCCAAGUCAAAUGCAGGGGAAAGGAAAUAAAAAAAUAGAACCUUUUAUAAAUAAGGAAAGAGAAGAAGGAAAAACAAGAGCAGGUGCUAUUAUUUAUAAGGAAAGAGAAGAAGGACAAAAAUCACCAGAUCCUUUUCUAGAACCCUUAGAAGAAAAGAAAAAUGAUAAAGAUUCUAUAAAUUAUAAACCAAGAGAAGAACAAAAAAUAGCAGAAGCCAAUUAUUUUCCACAAAACGAAGAAAAUACAACGCCUGGAUAUUCUUCAUAUAUGCCGAUGAAUAAAAGCCCAAUAGAUGCUUCCUCUAACCAAGACCUUAUAAAGAAAGGAGAUAAGAGUUCACAUGAAGAGUACUUAACCCAUAAGUCAACAGAGGAGAAUAAUAUAUCUGAAGAUUUUUCAAAGCCAAAUAAAGAUGAAAGGAACUUUAAAAGUACUAACGAACAAAAAGAUGAAAAAAUUCAAGAUAAAAAUAAGAUAGAGAAAGGAAGCACUGUGCCUGAAGGCAAAAAAGGACCAAAAGGCCUUAAAAAUAUAUCUGGAGAUAUUGGAAAUCCAAGGGGAGAAAGUGAUACUCCCGAGGACAUUGAUUCAAAAGAUAAAAGCUAUACUUUUGAAGAUUCUGAAGAACCAAUUGAGGAUAGAAAAAACACUACGCAUCCAAGAGAAGAAGUCCUAAAAACUAAAGGGCCAAUGGCAUCAAGAAAGGUAAAUGAGGAUAUUGCAAAGCCUUUAGAACUCAUUAAGGUGAUGGAAAGUGAUAGAAAGCCUAGUACAGAUAAUAAAUUAACUGAAAGUGUAGCAAAACCAGUAGAAGAAAUAAAGGCAACUGAAAAUGCAAUCAGAACUCCAAAAGAAGAUCCAACAAUGACAAAAAAAGAAAUUGAUAAAGCUAAAGCUAUGGCAAUGCCGGAAGAAGAUAAUAAAGUGGCAACUGGAGACGUCAUAAAACCAUCAAAAGAAGCUAGCAUGGCUAAAGAAGUUGCAGAACAAAAAGAAGGAAGCGAGCUAAUGGAUGCUAUAAUCAGCUCGCCAAAAGAUAUCAAUAAGACAAGUGCAAAUUCAAGACAAGAAAAUAAAUCAACUCAAGCUGUAACAAGUUCAAGACAGGAUAGUAGUAAAACGGCCUAUGAAAAUGAAGAGCCAAGCGAAGAACGCAAAUCAUCUAAAACUUUAGUGGAUUCAAAAGAGGAUAUAAAUAAGGUUGCCAAAGAAAGUGCAAAGCCAAAGAUUAAAAGCAAAUUAGCCAAAACUACAUUAAGUCUACAAGAAGAUAUAGGCUUUACCUAUGAGUUUCCCAAUAGGGCUUAGGCAUAAAAAUCUUCUCCCUCCAGUUGGACGGGCUAAAUAAAUUUGAUCAGGACAGCUCAGGCUGGCCGAACUCACUGAAGAGCUGAUAAUAGUGCCAUAAGAGGCCCAUAUACCAAUAUCAGGCUCUCUUUAACCAAUCUGAGUUAGCCUGGCCAACUGGGAAGAAAAGAUUGCCAUGCCUAAGUCCAUGCCGGGCUACUCAUAAGUAGACCUAUAGUAAGACAGUUGUAGAAGCAGCAAGCCCAAAAGAAGAAAGUAAAUCAAGUAAAAAUCAAAUUGUUCCUAGUGAAGACAUUGAGUUAGGUAAGAAAACACAAAAGCCAAAUAAAGAAAAUAAAUCAGCAGAUUUAAAAGCUUAUUCAAAAGAUUUUGAUAAUAGCCCAACCAUAUCAAUCCCGAGGCCAAAAGAAGAAAGCAAAUCAACUGAUGUAAAGGGUAAUAAAAAAGAAAAAUUAACAGAUGAAAGCAUACCAACUGACUCAGGAGAUAUCAUUAACGAAGCAGAUAGAGAAAAUGUAAAGCCUAGAUCCCCCAUUCUUGAUCGAACGAUCAUUGAAAAUUUCCUAACUCCCCCCUCCCCAUCCUUGAUCGAACGACUCGCCAUCGUUCGAUCAAGGAUGGGGGUUAAAAAAAAUUUUUCGGGAAAAAAAAUUUAUAUAUAAAAUAAAAAAUAUAUAUAUAUAUAUUUUUUUUAUUUACUUUUAAAUAAGAGGGUUAAGAGUAUUUAAUAAUUAUUUUUACUACAAAAAAUUGAAUUAAUUUCAUAAAAUAUUAAUUUUUAAUAUUUUGAUUUAUUAGUUACCCCUUUAAACUGUAUAAAUUUUAAUUUGUUACUUACUGAAUUAAAUUUUUUUUUUUUUAAAUUUUAAAGAAUCUCUAUUUUUUAGAUUAUUGAGUUUUCAAGCCUAGAUUGAUGGCUAAAUCACUUCGAAUGGUUGAUUCCGCAGCUUUCUUUCGUCUCAAAGCUCUGACAGCAACUUCAUUAGGUGCAUCUUCCCAAGCUUUUGAUAACUAAUAUAUUUUUAUAUAUAUAUAAAAAUUUGCAUAUGAAAAUCGUUCGAUCAAGGAUGGGGGUUAAUUUCCCCAAUUUUUAGGAAUUUUUACAGUCAAUCGUUCGAUCAAGGAUUGGGGGGAGUAAGAAUAGAAAAAUUAGCCCCUAUAAUUGAUUUGACGAUUUUCAUAUGGUCCUACUCUCUUGUACCUCUUCAAAUCUAGCUACCUAUAUUUGAUAAUAAUAAAUCUUGAAAUAUUUCAAUGCAAUUGUGUAAUGCAAUUCUAACGCGAUUUCUACUGUAUUUUUAGUAUAUUGAAUAGUAUAUUUCUUGAUGCGAGCGAUACUGAAAAAGCUGUUAAUACUUUAACUCCCCCCCCCCCCCCUCCGUGAGCGAACAAAAAAAUUUUGUUCGCUCACGGAGGGGGGUUAAUUUUUUUUUUUAAAAAAAAAUUUAUAUAUAAAUUUUAUAAAAAAUAUUUUUUUUUCGAAAUUUAAAAAAAUCCUAAUUUGCAAAAAAUGGGGAAGCAAAUAUUAAUUUAAUUUGCAAAAUUUAUGUUUUAAAACGCAAUUUGUUUAAAAUUAAACAGAAUUAGCUCUAGAUUUCAUUAUACUAAUUAUCACUUAUAUAUCAAAAUUUUUUUCCAUUAAAAUUUUUUCUAUUAAAAAAAUUUUUGUUCACUCACGGAGGGUGGGUUUUUGGUCAAAAAAUGGCGAUUUUUCUAAUGGUUUUGUUCGCUCACGGAGGGGGGGGGGGGGAGUAAGUAAUUUUUUAAGUGACCUCCUGGACUGAAUGAUGGCUUGUCGUUCGAUCAAAGAUGGGGAAGCAAGGAAGAAAGUAAAGCAACAGAAGGAAAAAUAAUUUCUAGUGAUGAUAAGAGAGCCAAAUAUAUUGCAAAUCCAAUGGAAGAAAGAAAGUCAAUUGAUGCAACAAUCCAUCCAAGAUAUGAUAAAGAGAGUAAUCAAACUGAAAAUAUAAUGAGUCCAAGUGAAAAUGCUGAAAUAGAUAAAGAUAAAACAGAGCCACUGGAAAAAAAUAAAUUAGCUGAAGCUAUGAUAAAUCCAAAUGAAAAUACUCAAAUAGGCAAGGAUGCAGAAAAGCCAAAGGAAAAAAAUAGAUCACCCGCCAAAAGAAUAAAUCCUAUGGAAAAUGCUAUGAGAUCAAAAGAUUCUCCAAAGUCAAAAGAUGAGAGUAAAUUGCAUGAAGCAAUAACAAGUCAAGCAGAAGAUAUUGAAUCAGAUAAAGACAUAGGAAAGACACAAGAUGAAAGUAAAUCAGAUGAAUCUGAAAUAGAAUCAGGAGAGCAUAUUAGAGAAAUCAUAGACAAUGCAGAGCAAAAAGAAAUAAAAAAGCCAGCUGAAUUUAUAGGAGACUUAAAUGGAAGCAUUAGGACAGUCAAAGAUAAUCCAUCUAGUGUUAUAAUGAAGCAUAAAGACGAUAUGAGUGUAGUUGAAAAUAGCGAUAAGCCAAAAGAGGAAAACAAAGCGAAGGAUGCUAUAAUAUAUCCUGAUUCUAAACGCACCCAUCUUCAAGAGGAUUCUUAUUCAUCUAAUUCUACUAAGCCCCAAAAAGAAAUUAGAGUAACUAAAGGCACCGCAAAACCAAUAGAAGAGCCUGAUAAAAAUAAAGAUAUGGCAAAGCCAAUAGAAAAAGCCAAGACAAAAGAUGGUAUUAUUGAGCCAUCAGAUGAAAAAAAUGUAAGAAAGGGCACUGUAAAGCCUGCCAGAGAAAUUAGUCCUAUCACAAAAGAUAUCACUAAUCCAGAAGAGGAAAUGGAAAUGGCAAAAGAAACCUCGAAGCCAGCAGAAGAUUUUGAUAUAAAUCCAGAUAUUGUUGAGCCAUUAGAAGAGAAUAAGACAGCAAAAGAUAGUGCAGAAACAUCAGAAUUAGCUGGAGGAAUUUCAAAACAUAUUGGAGAAAAUAAAGCUGUAAAAGAUAUAGAUAAUCCAGAAGAAUUUGGAAAAAAUAAAUACAUUGCAAAACCGAUAGGAGAAAUAAAGUCAAAAAAAGACACAGCAAAUCCAAAAGAAGAAAAUCAGGCAACAAAAGAAACAGCAAUACCAUUAGAAGAACUCGGUACAAAUAAAUACAUAGCAAAGCCAAUAGAACAGAUUGAGAAGGCAAAAGAUAAAGCAAAGAAUCCAGCUAAAGAAAUUGGAUCAAAUAAAUACAGUGCAAAACCAAUAGAAGAAAUUAAGUCGGCAGAUAAUAUAGCCAAGCCAGUAGAGAGUAAUUAUAUUCCAAAGCCAAUAGAAGAAAUUGAUACAACAAAAGAUAAAGCAAAGAAUCCAGCUAAAGAAAUUGGAUCAAAUAAAUACAGCGCAAAACCAAUAGAAGAAAAUGAGCCGACAGAUGAUAUAGCCAAGCCAGUAGAGAGUAAUUAUAUUCCAAAGCCAAUAGAAGAAAUUGAUACAGCAAAAGAUAAAGCAAACAUUUCUAAAGAAUUUGAAAUUAAUAAAUACACCGCAAAGCCAAUAGAAGAAAUUAAGACAUCAACUAAUAUAGAGAAGGCAAUUGAAGAAGAAACUGAUAAAUCAAAAUUUAUAGCAAAACCAACUAAAUUACUUCGAAUAAAAAAGGAUAUCUCGGGGCCAGUAGAAGAAAUCAAGCAGGAAAAUGAUAUAGAGCACCUAAUAGAAGAAACUAAAAUAACUGAAAACUUAAAAAAAUCAACAGGAGAAUGUGGAAUAAAUAAAGGCCUAGAAAGCCCAGUAGAAGAAACUGAUAAGCCAAAAGGUAUUACAAAGCCACAAGAAGAAUUUAGGAUAAAUAAAGGUAUGGAAAAACAAAUGGAAGAAACUAGAGCAAGAAAUGAUUUUGUAAAGCUGCAUGAAGAAGAGAAGAAGAUUGAAGAGGGAGCAAAGUCAAAUACAGCAACUGAAGGAAUCAAGAAGCCAGCAGGCAAAAGUAAGGCAGCUGAAGACACAAGAAAUCAAACGGAUGGAAUUAGAGAGGCUGAAAACACUAUAAAACUAGCAGAUGGCAAUCAAACAGAAGAAGAAAUUAAAGAAGAAUCCUCAAAGCCAAAAGAUGAUGAUAAGGAAGAAGGGGAUUGCAAUAAAUCUGAGGAUACCAUAAACGCGAUAGAAGAGAAUAAGAUAGUUGGGCAGGCUCAAGAAAUUAACCCAUCCCAGCACAGCUUAAAGCAAUUCGAUAAGAAAACUAUAACAAAAGAUUUAAGCACAGACUCUCAUGAUCAAAGAAAAAAAUUCAAUUUUAACACUGAAAAAUCAGAUCUCUCAGUUCAAGCUUCCAAGGCUAUGCAAGAACCCUCAGAAGUAGCAGAUGAGCUUCAUAAAGCUUUACCAAUUGAAAGCGAGUACCCUAAGCCCAAAUCUGUAGCAUUCGCCAUUAAUCCACUUGAAAACCAAAUUAAUAUAGAGACAGAAAAGCGCAUAUCCAAGGCACCACUGAAGCACCCACCAAGAGCUCCAGUAAGAUCCAGCAAGCCUCCUGAAACAGAAAAAUUCGUUGUGCUUUAUGAGUCAAAAGGAGCAGGAUUAGAAGGAGACACCAAAAAAAUCAGGAAGCCCAUAGUCAGAUCUAGUAAGCCUCCGCCACCACCUCCAAAAAUGCCUGAAGACAAAGAUACUGAUUUGUCUAAAAAAGCUUCCAACCCUUUAGGUCGUUCAAAGUCCCAACCUCUUCGGUCAAGCAAAAAUCAAGAGCCUGAAGAAUUCCUUUCUGAUUCUAGUUUGCAAAAAGCCAUUGCAGGUGUUCUUGGUGAUUUAUUGAAUUCGGCAGUAAAGCGAAUUCAUCACAAACAUAAGCAAGUCGCCUGGAAAAAAUUGCAUAAAUCCGAAAUCAGUAAUAUGACAAAAACAGACUGUGUUAGACUUGUCAUAAUGCCUUUAUGGAUAAAACUUGUGCUGAGAGGAGGCUUUGAGCAUUUCAAGAUAAAUGGGAGGCAAAGCAUUUUUGCUAAAAUUGCUGAUAGCUUUGAUUCAAAGCUUGUGAGUCCAAUUUCAGAUGAUGAUUCCCCAAUACAGCCAGCUGGGAAAGGGAAUAAUUUUGAAGAUAUUCUUGAAGAAGUGAAUCUUCCAGGCACUGCUCUGCCUCCAAAAGAUAAAGGACAAAGUCUUCGAAAAAGCAAAGAAAUUUCAACUGUAUCUCAGCCUCCUUUUCAAAUUGCUCCACAGCAAAAAGCUAGUCAGCUUUCUUCAAAUUUAAUACAAACUAGUAAUGACACAGUCAAAAUUGAGCCAGAUAAAACAAAUACAACCAAUAAAGAAAAAGAAAUAAGGAAUGUUUUUAUUUCAAGAGCAGCAAAUUUAUUAUCAAAAAUUUUGAAGAAAACAAUAAUAAAGCAGGAAUUCAAGAAUGCAUUGGAAGCUAUAAAGAAUUAUGAGGAAAACGUAAAAAUUUCCAAAAAAAUUAAUCGUUUUGCACAAAUUUUCAUCAAAAUUUCUCUUAAGCCCUAUUUUGCUCUUAUUCUCAAACCACCAAAAUCAAUUUUUACCAAUAAAGCUAAAACUCGCCAUCCAAGAUCUAGAUCAUCUAGCCAUAUCAAAUCAAACCCUCUCAGUAAAAAUGUACCGAUAAAGCUUUUAACUAGUAACUUAAAAGGCAAAAUUAAGGACAGCCUUAGUUUUUCAUUUCAAAAAAUUUUAAACUUCUCCUCACAAAAUACUCCAUCACCAAAUAGAAAACGCCAAGGCAGGCCACAAAUUGUUGAUCGCAGAAAUACCUUGAUUUUCGAAUUCCUUAUGCAGAAAACAGUACAAAUUUUGCAGUUCAGACUAAAAUCCUCAGCGUUUAAAUAUAUUCAAGAAUCAAGUGUUUUUUCGUCAAAUUACCAAAAAUAUAAGCUUGGGCUUCGAAAUGGAUCAGAAAUUUUAUCUAGAACAGCACAGCCUCAAUGGAAAUAUCAAAAAUUGAAAGAUGAACUUUCCUUUAUUAAAACAUCAAAUAAUUUACAUCAGAAACUACUGGAGACCUUACCUACUUCAAUAAGCACACCAUCAAUCCACUCAAGGAAGAGCUCUUGUUUCAGCCCAAGAGUGAUUUUACCUCCUCCGAAGGACAUUCAUGAUUAUAUCAAUGAUAUCAUUGAGCUUUCAAGAGAAAAGGUUGAAGCUUCCUAUUUGUCGAGACCUUCAUCACGAAUGACGUCAAGGAUGUCUUCUCCAACAAGGAGAUAUUAUUAA